GCAACAUCACUUACAGGUUGCAAGAUGGCGGAUGGUGGUCGCCAAAACCAAGAGGACCGACCGAGGCCACGGAACAUCAACCGGGAUGAAGCAGUGCAGCUGCAGGGAUACCGUCACGCAUGCCACGUACUGCUGUACGCUCCUACACCUGCCAAGCUGUUUGGCCGCGUUCCGGUCAGACACGUGCUGCUGAUGAUGAUGCGUUUUGACGGCAGGCUGGGCUUUCCAGGAGGCUUCGUUGACCCUAAAGACACCAAUCUAGAGGAUGGUCUGAACCGAGAGCUACAGGAGGAGCUUGGUUCCAUGUUCAACACUCUGAAGGUGACAGAACAAGAUUACCGGAGUGCUCAAGUGCGUGAAUUCCCACAGAAAGCAGUCACACACUUUUAUAUCAAGGAGCUGAUACUUGAAGAUAUAGAGAGGAUCGAGGCAGAAGCUGUUCAUGCAAAGGAUCAUGGGACCGAGGUGAUGGGUCUGGUGCGCGUUCCACUCUUCACUCUGCGUGAUGGUUCUGGGGGUCUUCCAGCCUUCUUGUCUAACAACUUUAUUGGGAACUCCAAAAGUCAGCUGUUGUAUGCACUGAGAACACUACGUUUACUGCGGGAGGACCAGAUCCAGGAUGCAAUGUGGACCAGCCAGAACCUUUAGAUAUGAUGGUUGAGAGUGUGGCAAAUGUGUGCUACCAAAUGACACUUUACUAAGCAGGAUUAUGUCACUAGGCCACACUGAGGCCUGGUCAGUUAAACCUCAUUAUGUAUUAGCGCUUAGUAGUUGUAGUCUGGGCAUGUUUACUAGCGUUUCCCUGAUCUACAAUGCUGUUGUUUUCUUAACCUUCAGAAAGGAUUUAUUUUUGUAAUAGUGCUAGUGCCGUAACAUUGUGUUAUUGAGAAUGUCUGCAACAUUGGUAUUGCACUCUCUGGCAGACAGGGGUUAACCUUUUAUCCUAGUCAUGGUGACAAUAAGGCUGUGUGAUGUACCUGCAUUCUGUCGUAUCCAGUGAUAUGUUGAUGUAGUGGCAUUUAAAACGUACCCUUUUUUUUUUUUUUUUUUUUUUUUUUUCCCUUUUUAAAAAAAAAAAAGCGACUACCAAAAUUUGCUUAAAUAUUUCAGCUUUAUACCGCUUACAAGGCGGCCCCUAUUGAAGAGUGUUUUUUUUGUUUUUUUUUUAUGGUUUAAUAUAUUUGUCCUUAAUUAAAAAGAGAACUUUAAUGCAAUCCAUUUUCUCAGAAUCCUGCAACUUGAACAUAUACAUUUAAAGUGACAUCGCCCCAAUUUGUUUCCUUUCAUGAUUUAGUUAUAACAUGCAAUUUAAAACCACUUUUCAAUUUGCUUCCUUUUUUUUUUUUUUUUUUUUUUUCUUUUUUGAAAAGCAUGCCUAUAUAUUCUUAGGAAUCAGCAGUGCACUACUGGAACCUAGCUAAUGAUAGUCGGCUGCACAUUAUAUGCCACUGGUCAUUGGCUCAACUGAUCAGCUAGCUCCCAGUAGUGCAUUGCUGUUGUUUCAACAAAGGAUACCCAGAAAAUGAAAUGGCUGAUAAUAGAAGUAAUUUGGAAAGUUGUUU